GUUGACUUUUCUAAUUCGUUUGUUUACAAAACUAGUCCUUACGAGAAUUCAUGAAAAAUUGAAUUAAAUUCUAAUCUAAAAUGGACGUUGAAGUAAAAAUCAAGGAAGACAUGAAAAAGCUCGGCUGCAAAUGCGAAAAGAAGAUAUCCCUUGCCUACUUUCUGUACAUUUAUUUGGUGGACCAAAAACUCAUGUACGAUACUGAGUACUGUUACAACAAGGACAUCGACACGCUGUAUGUUGUCGCUAAGCCUAAUAGGAACGACAAGUUGAACAUAUACGUGCCUGUUCCCACUAAUCAAGAUGUUAGUAUGGAUUUAAUCAAUGUGUUACAGGAGAAUUUGUGUACGGUGGAGACGGGGCCUAGCAUCAACUUGGCGUUUAUCGAAAGUGAUUUCACAACAGUCAUUUACACGUUCACUAAAGGGCUCGCUGAGCGGCCGAGCGCGGACGCUACUUCCCUGAUGAGACAGAAGGAGGAACGGCGAAGUUUCAUCAACAGUGAACUGAAGAAGAAUAAAAGUGCAAUACUAAAUGAGGCACUCAAUGGUGGGGUUGUUGACGAUGAUGAUUGCCAAGUGCUAGAGUGACGGCUUGUUCAUCCAUACAUGCCAUCCAUGAUCAACCAGUUGUCUGCUCACUAUUGAGCACAGGUUUUUUCUUAGGAUGAGAAGGGUUUGACCAUAGUCCUCUGCGCUGGCCAAGUCAGGAUAGGUAGACUUUUCAUAUCUUAGAGAACAUUAUGGAGAACUGUCAGGCGUGCAGGCUUCCUCACAAUGGUUUCUUUCACCACUAAAGCAACUGAUAUUAAAUUGUUUGAAAUGCUAACUCUAAAAGUUACAGGUGCAUGCAAGUAUAAAUUGGUUGAAUAGUUCAAAAUGUUAAGUAAUAAGUAAUAUCUAAGUAAUAAAUAAGUUUAAAUCUAUCUUAACAACUGGACCUUGACAUAGUUCUAUGAGUAAUUUUGCUAUUAAGUUGCCAUCUACAUACCUUGGAAGUUGGGACAAACAUUUCAUAUCAAAAUGUGAACAUCUUUUUCUCAUAUUAAUGAAACAAUAUGCGCUUAACAGAAAUAGUGGUAUUGUUUAAUUAUUUGGGAACAAAGUGAUUAUAAUCUGUUUAUUACUUAUUACUGUAUUAUAUAACAAUGAAUAGAUUCCUUGCAUGUUGUUGAACAAAGCUGAUGUAACUAUUGUUAUUUUUGGUUCACUUUACAGUAAAUUAUAACUAUAGUUGUACAAAUGUAAUAAAUAUUGUUGGUUAUAUCAGAUUUUGUGUGAAGGAUAUCCAAGUAUGUAGUUUUAUAGUUGGCAAAUCAUGUGUGAACGAACCUAUUUGAUCCUGAAAAAUCAAUAACAAACAAAGAUACUUGUGAUAGCUAGUAGUUUUAGCCGGUCAUACUAGAUUUUAUAGAGAACAUAAAUGAUACCUUUCAAAGUCAAUGUAUUAGCUUGUCUUUUGGGAUAGACAUCUAUAAAUUAUGUGCAGACAGGCCGGUGUUCCUGUAGUAGUAAUAGGUAAUAAUUGGUUACUUGUAUAGAAUGUCUGAGGAGGGUGUGUGUUUUAAAGAAAACUCAAUAAGCACCAAUUUAUUGUGAUAAAUUAUAUUUGAUAAUAAUGGGGAGGUAAAUAAAAUGAAGCGACUGUUAUUAAUUUGACACUUUAUUAUAAGUUACACGUCAGACAUGGUACACAUAUCCACUUCACAUUAUACUCUAUUAUAUUUAUUAUAUAAUAUGUUUAACACUUUGGGUGGGUGGCAUGAAGCUAUUUAGGUAAUAAUACAACCUUUUGAUCCAUCUGCAUACCCAGUCGUCCUUACUUUACUUUUAUUUUAUUACUGGUUUUUGGUAGUAAAAGAGUUCUGUGUUCUUAGCAUGAGAACUUACGUGUCUCCAACAUUAAUAGAAUUUGAGAGUGGAACCACAAUAAAGUCAGAGUAAAAUGGACCCAAACUUCCUUGAAUUAAAGACCAAAAUUCAGUACCACUGAUUUUAAUUUUGCAAAGUUACCGCUUGGAGCGUUAGCGCAAAUGUAUUAACGAACUUAAGCUUUAGAACAAAGCUGUUUAGGUCCAUUUUAGUUUAAUAGUAAAUCAUUGUGAUGCUUGAAUUCUAUCAACAUUGGUGAGAUGUAAAAUCUCAUACUAAGCAUAGUGAACCAUUAGUCAAAUAGAUUCUUAUAGAUCAUUGAGUAAAUAUUAUGUGUAUAAUAGUAAAAUAUAAAAAUUGAAAAUUA